GCAAUGGCAUUACCGAUCACAUCUUUACCUUUACCAAAGGCUACUACAAAACACCUAGCGGCGCAAAACAUCACCUUUCUCUCUGAUGUGGUCCAGACACUUCCAUGGCUGGAUUCGUAUAGCCAAAAAGAUGUAGUCUCACAGCUAGAGGAACUGAAUUUGCCACAGAGCCAUGAAAAAUUGUUGUUGGAUGUUCUCACCACUAAUAUAAAUGAUCCAUCAUUCCUGAGCAGUAAGGAUGUGAAAGAAUCAGUGUUAAAAAGUUCUCUCAUAACUUUUAGCUCACACUUGGAUGCUCUUCUUUGUGGUGGAAUUUUUCCCGGAGAGAUAAUAGAGUUCGUUGGAGAACCUGGUAGUGGAACAACUCAGCUUUGUUCACAGUUGGCUGUAGAUUGCACCAUACCCAAGAUAUUCGGUGGUAGAAAUUGUAAGACCCUUAUUGUAGAUUGCAAUGGUGACACCUGUGAGGCACGCCUAAACCAGAUGGCAGAUGCAACUCUCUCUCAUCUCAAACUCAUUGCAAGCAGCAGUGAAGAAAGGGAUGUCGUCUCCAGAUUGACAGUGAAAGAAAUGUUAAGUAGCAUAUCCACAAUGAGAUGUACUGACUACAGUCAACUGCUUGCCCUCAUCAACAACAUCAGUGAGGAGUGUAAUUAUGGUGCAGUAAUAGUUGAUGCAUUAGCGACACAUUUUAGACAUGAGUUUGAUGACAUGAGACAAAGAACGAACAUUUUAGCUGAACUGUCUAACAAGCUGCACAGAUUGUGUAUCCGGCACAAUGUAACCCUGGUGAUAGUGAACCAAGUAAGGAUGGACGGAGAGGGAAAUGUACAGCCUUGUCUUGGGGAGUCGUGGUCUCACACCGCACAUCGCAGAGUGUUCCUGCGCAAAGUGGCUGGCGACGUCUACUCUGCCACUGUAAUGAAAGGAGAAAAAAGUGGAGAGACUGCUAAUUUCAGAAUUUCAUCACGUGGAAUUCGGGAUUGUCCUUCUUAAUUUACUUUACAGGUUCGACAGAAUCAACGAUUUUGCUGCCUUAAUUCGUAGUCAACUUGCCUUGUGUGCCAGUAUGAACAUUAGACAUGGGGAAUUUUAAAUGAGAGUAAGAACUAAGAAGUCAUCUAUAAGUUGUGUAAUUUAAUGUUUGUUUUUAAAACUGCUUUACAAUUAUAAUUUCUUAAUUUAUUGUGACUUAUUUAUAAUACAAUGUAUGUGUGAUCGAUUAAUACACUUUUAAAAUCUUUCUUAAUUCGAUUAUCCAAAUAGAAUUUAACUAUCUUGAAUUUAAAACAGAUAUUCGCAUUGGCGGGGCAUUGCUGGAUAUUCAGAGCAAGGCAAGCAAACUUGAAAAUGAUACAUUUAUAUUAUUACUAAUUGUGGUAACAAACAUUAUUGAAUAUCACCAUCUAGCAUAACUUCAAUAUUCUAUAUUUAA